UUGAUCUGUUUCUCUUUAUGUAACAGCUCUUUGGUGCUUGAGAAAAGUGAGUUUUCUCUUGGAGACGUUAUGAAUGCUGUUGUCAGCCAAACAAUGUCAUUGUUGAGGGAGAGGGAUUUACAACUUAUUCGGGAUAUCCCUGAUGAAAUCAAGGAUGCAUCAGCAUAUGGUGAUCAAUUUAGAAUUCAACAAGUUUUGGCUGACUUCUUGCUAAGCAUGGCACAGUCUGCUCCAUCCGAGAAUGGCUGGGUAGAAAUACAAGUCAGACCAAAUGUAAAACAGAAUUAUGACGGAACAGAUACAGAGCUUUUCAUCUUCACGUUUGCCUGCCCAGGUGAGGGCCUCCCCACUGACAUUGUCCAGGAUAUGUUCAGCAAUUCCCAAUGGUCAACCCAAGAAGGCGUAGGACUAAGCACAUGCAGGAAAAUCCUCAAAUUGAUGGGCGGCGAGGUCCAAUACAUCAGGGAGUCAGAGCGGAGUUUCUUCCUCAUCGUCCUUGAGCUGCCCCAACCUCGUCUAGCAGCUGGUAGAGAAAAUCAGCUGAUAUGUUAAGAUCUGCGCUGACAC